AUGGCUGACAUCAAUGGUAAUGCAGAGGUCGAGAAGACGCCCAGCAAAGACGUCACCACAGAGGGGCAGAAUGAGGGCACAGAGGAAGAUGGCGCUGGCCAGCAGCCAGACAACAUCUUCCAGGUCACCAUCAAGCUCCCACACGAGCCGUUCGAGAUGCCGAUAACGAUCUCAACGGCCGAGCAGGUGCAAGACCUCCGUCAGAGCAUCAUCGAAACGCCCCACACGUUCCAAUACUCGUGCUUCCACCUGGAGCACGACGGCAAGCGCAUCAACGAUUACGUCGAACUCUCUGAAGUCGAGGGACUGAAGGCCGAUUCGGUACUCACCCUGGUGGAGGACCCAUACACAGAGAAGGAGGCGCGGUUACAUGUGGUCCGCGUUCGGGAGCUCAUCGGCGCUGCCGGUGACCGUACGGAUGCGCUGCACGGCAUCAUGGCAGGCUUGUCACUGCACGACACCGUCGGCCACGAGCAGAUCUCCAAACCCAAGCAGGACGGCCCUGAGCAGUCGCCAUUGGCAGACUACGACUUCAAGGCAUCGGGCAACAUCAAGAAUCUGCUGCCGCCCACCGAGGAAGCCGCGCCCAAGACGAUCAAAUCCAUCGCCGUAUCGCCCUGGAAUCCCCCGCCAUACCACCUUCGCUCCAAGGGCCACCUGCUGUACCUGGUAGUCAUGACCAACGAGAACGAGCAACACCACAUCACAGCUCACGUCUCUGGCUUCUACGUCAACAAGUCGUCGAAUGCCAGUUUCGACCCCUUCCCGCGACAGCCACCCAAGGACAAGCAGGCACACUCGCUCCUCACUCUCCUCGAGGACCUGUCGCCAUCUUUCCGCACUUCCUUCCAGGAACUGUUGGAGCACAAUGCGAAGAAGGAGCUGCUUACCAUCUUCCAGCUCUCCAACGCCAUCCCCGCCAACCCAUGGUUGGUGCCCGCACCCACGUCAUCCCUCACCCCACACCAGCCAGAUCUCGCGAGGACACAGGAGAGCUAUCUGAUCUCGGGUGUUGAGAACACCGAGACCCUCCGCGACUGGAAUGAAGAGUUCCAGUCGACGAGGGAGAUGCCCAAGGAGGCUGUCCACGACCGCGUUUUCCGCGAGCGCCUCACCUCGAAGCUGUUUGCCGACUACAACGAUGCUGCGACUCGCGGUGCCAUGUUGGUAGCACGGGGCGAGAUUGCGCCCCUCAACCCUACCGAGGCCAAGGACGCGCAGAUCUUCGUAUACAACAACAUCUUCUACUCCUUCGGCGCUGAUGGCGUUGGCACAUUCGGCGCUGAGGGUGGUGACGAGGCUGCACGCGUGGCUGUGGGCAAGGACGUGUUUGGUGUCCGCGCAGUGAACAACCUCGACAUCAACAACCUCUUCACCUCCGGAACCGUCGUCGUCGACUACCAAGGAAAGCGCAUUGUUGGCCAGAGCAUAGUGCCCGGAAUCUUCAAGCAGCGCGACCCCGGCGAGCACCAGAUCGAUUACGGUGCGGUUGAGGGCAAGGAGAUUGUCGCUGAUGACAAGUCGUUCGUCCCGCUGUUCGAGCAGCUCUCCAAGGCGCUGCGCGUCAAGAAGCAUCCUGUAUGGGACAAGGACAAUGUCCGUCAUGAGCUUGAGGGAAGUGUUGAGACUAAGGGUCUGAUCGGCACCGACGGCAGGCGGUACGCUCUGGACCUCUACCGCCUCACACCCCUCGACGUUGCUUGGAUAGAGGCACACUGGACCGAGCCCAGCAAGGAGGGCGAGAAGGAAGCGACAGACAAGGACUACCCCCACCGCAUGACAACACUCCGCCCUGAACUCGUGGAGUCAUACGGAAGGGUCAAGCUACGCGAAUACGUCAAGGAGCAGAUGGCCAAGAAGACCACAAAGAAGGACGAGGCCCCUGCGAAGGAGGCCAAGGCUGAAGAGAGCUCAUCUGAAGAGGAAUCUUCGGAAGAGGAGUCAUCUGAGGAGGAGUCUUCUUCGGAAGAGGAGGACUCUGACGAAGAGGCGGAGAAGCCGCCCAAGGCCAAGAAGAUCUCCAAGGCGGAGAGGAAGGCCGCGGAGAAGGCUGCCAAGGUUGCCAAGAAGGAGACCGCCGACGCCGAGAAGAAGCCUGAGACUGAGGACCCUGAGCAGGAGCGUGUCGACAUUUCCGGAUUCUCCUUCGCGCUCAACCCUGAUGUCUUCUCCGGCCAGAACCCGCAAUCGGAGGAGGACAAGAAGGAAUGGGCUCAGGACGAGGCUGAGGUCCGUGCUGCCUGCGAGCACCUUACUGCGGAGGUCAUUCCUCGCAUGGUCCAGGAGCUCAAGGAGGGCGAAGUCGGUUUCCCAAUGGACGGCCAGUCCCUGAGCAACCUUCUGCACAAGCGGGGUGUGAACAUGCGCUACCUUGGAAAGCUUGCUGAGCUGGCUGACAAGCCUGACCCAAGACUUCAGGCUUUGAAGCGUCUCAUCAUCCAGGAGAUGAUUGCACGUGGCUUCAAGCACUUUGCCAACUCCAAGUUGCGCAACGUGUCCGCGCCUUUCGCAGCACCCGCAGCCGCCCACCUCCUCAACUGCUUGCUCGGAGCCGAUGUAAGCGCUAAGCCUGUGGCUGAGUGCGAUAGCAGCCUCAAGAAGAUGUACCCGGAGGAUGACUUUAGCUUCGAGAAGCUCACACCGGAGGCCCUCAAGAAGGAGGUCGUAGCUCAGGUUGCCCUACGAUUCCGCUACGACCUCAGUCAGUCGUGGAUCGAGUCUGGCAAGGAGAUGCAGAUGCUCCGUGAGGUCUCCCUCAAGCUUGGUCUCCAGUUGGAGUGCAAGCCGUACGCCUUCACCAAGGAGGCCUUUGCCGCCAGCCAACCGGCCGAGAAGCCCGCUGCGCCGCAGACCAACGGUCACUCCACAUCUUCCAAGAAGAAGAAGAACAAGUCCAUCAGCACCCCACCAGCCCGUACGGCAAGCCCCACUGUCCCUCUUGCUCCACAAACCUUCCACGCAGACGACAUUCUGAACAUCGUCCCUGUCAUCAAGGAGGCUUCACCUAAGAGCUUGUUGGCUGAGGAGGCACUGGAGGCUGGUCGCAUGUCCAUUGCCCAGGACCAGAAGGAGCUUGGCCAAGAGCUACUCCUGGAGUCUCUCCAGCUGCACGAGCAGAUCUAUGGUGUGCUGCACCCUGAGGUAGCCAAGGCUUACCACACCCUGUCGAACCUGCUCUACAGCCUUGACGACAAGGUCUCUGCUCUUGAGCUUGCACACAAAGCGAUCAUCGUGUCGGAGCGCACUCUCGGUGUCGACCACUCGGAGACUGUGCUUGCCUACCUCAACGUCGGCCUGUUCGAGCACGGCUCGGGUAACACCACAGCCGCUCUGAUCUACGUUCGUCACGCACUCGAGCUCUGGAAGAUCCUCUACGGUCCCGACCACCCCGACUCCAUCACAACCCUCAACAACGCCGCUGUCAUGCUGCAAGCCGCGAAAAUGUACCACGAAUCGCGACUCUGGUUCGAGGCCUCGCUCGCCGUCUGCGAGGAAGUCUGCGGCAAGAACUCGAUCAACACAGCGACUCUGCUGUUCCAGACCGCGCAAGCUCUCGCUCUCGACAAGGACAUGCGCGGUGGUGUCAACCGCAUGCGCGAGUCUUACAACAUCUUCAAGGAGGUGCUCGGUGCAGAGGAUCGCAACACCAAGGAGGCGGAGAGCUGGCUCGAACAGCUCACCCACAGCGCUGUCUCUCAAGCCAAGCAGCUCAACGAUCUCGCCAAGACGCGUAUCCGCCGCAUGCAGCUUCCCGGCCGCAACCCCCUGCGACCCGCUGCCGCGACGCCUUCCGCUAGUGAUGCCGCUGCCGCCGCCGGUAGCCAGCGCACUGGAAGCGGCCGCGUUGACCAGCGCAAGAUCGAGGACCUCCUCAAGUACAUUGAGGGUGACGCGCAGAAAACACCGUCGAAGAAGAAGCCGACGAACCCCAGGAAGCGUUAA